CUCCACAAUGUCUGAUUGGCUCGUCGCGUGUUCUCCUCAGUUCCCCCAUUCUCCUCACGUUACAUUGACAACGGAAUACUAUUGCCUAUGGUCCUGUCCGAUAAGCUUGCUCCAUCGCCUCCACUACGUCAAGUGGAGUAUCAGACACGAGCUCUACCCCAGAUAUCGCCUGCUUAUCGCUGGUCGCUUUGUCAUGCCAGUACAGAUCACAUCGGCAAUUCCGAUAACAGAUGGUGCCAUCGUCUUUCCGAGAGAUGAGGGGAAGUAUAUGAAAGCCCCAAGUCUCCCUACCUUCUUCUUGCCUUGAAUCCAUCUUUCAACGUUUCAUUCCCCUCCCAACCUGCGACACGCUUCAUCUUCAAAAUGGCCGAGGAAAAGGCUCCCCGACCCACCAUGGAUCCGAAGUUGGAGAAGCACGCUCAUGAUGCGGAUGAGGCGAUGAAGGCCUUUGAGGGUAUAGAGGGCGAGUCUAUUACCCUCGAUGAAGAAACGAACAAAAGACUUUUGAAGAUUAUUGACUGGCAUAUGAUGCCGAUCAUGUGCCUUGUGUAUGGGAUGAAUUAUUUGGAUAAAACUACCUUGUCGUAUGCUAGUGUCAUGGGAAUCAAGAAGGAUAUUAAUUUGAAGGGCGAUGAUUACCAAUGGUUGGGGAGUUUAUUCUACUUUGGCUACUUGGCAUGGGAGUAUCCGACCAGUCGACUUCUCCAGCGUCUACCCCUAGGCAAAUACUCUGCAGCCUGUAUCAUAAUCUGGGGCACCAUCUUGUCCUGCUUUGCUGCUGUCAGCAACUUCACUGGGGCCAUUGCAAUUCGGUUCUUCCUGGGUGUUUUUGAAGCUUCCGUUACCCCCGGCUUUGCUCUGUUGACUUCCCAGUGGUAUACCAAGCAAGAACAGAACAGCCGAGUCAAUAUAUGGUUCAGCUUCAAUGGCUGGGGCCAGAUUCUCGGCGGCUUGACGGCAUACGGCAUCGCAGUUGGUACGGCGAAGCAUGGUUCGGCCAUCGAGCCAUGGAAGAUUGUGUUCCUCUUCACGGGGCUGCUCACGGUGGCCUUGGGAGUAAUCUUCUUAUGGGUCGUUCCUGACAGCCAGCUCAAUGCUCGCUGGUUGAAGAAAGAGGACCGGAUCCUGGCCGUGGCGCGUGUCAAGGUCAACCAGCAAGGCAUCGGCAACAAACAUUUCAAGCUCUACCAGGUGAAGGAGGCACUCCUGGACCCAAUGACCUGGGCAUUCUUCUUCUACGCACUCAUUGCAGAUAUCCCUAAUGGUGGAAUCACCAACUUCUUCAGUCAGAUGAUUUCCAGCUUCGGUUACACCGCUGAGCAGAGUCUCUUGUACGGUACUCCAGGCGGCGCCGUCGAGGUGGUCGCACUUCUUGUGAACGGAUAUGUGGGCCAGAUCACCGGACAACGGAUCCUCUGCAGUACUGGCGGUCUCAUUACCUCGAUCAUCGGAAUGGUCCUCAUCGUUGCCCUGCCGUUAUCGAACAACGUUGGCCGUCUGAUAGGUUACUACAUGACCCAAGCGAGCCCGACGCCAUUCGUGGCGCUCUUGUCUCUUGUGUCUUCAAACAUCGCUGGCUACACUAAAAAGACCACCGUGGCUGCGCUGUACCUGAUCGGUUACUGUGCCGGGAACAUCAUCGGGCCUCAAAUCUUCCGCCCCAAGGACGCACCCCGAUACGUACCCGCCGAGAUCACCAUUAUCGUCUGCUGGGGCGUUUGCCUGCUGCUGCUUGUCUUUAUCUGGUGGUGGUACAACAAGGAGAACAAGCGGAAGGCUCUCAUCCGGGCGUCACCGGACUACGUGAGUCUAGAGAAUCAAGCGUUCCUCGAUUUGACGGACGGAGAGAAUCAUGAGUUUAUUUAUGCGCUGUAGCUCUAUUCCUAGUUAUGAGGUUGAUAUAUAAAUCCCCAUUUUAUGUCUGCAUGCAAUGCUGUCUUUCUAUGUGGCAGCGUGUCAUGUUGGCAACAUCAAAAUACGGUCC